AUGGGUAUUAAGAAAUUCUUCAAAUUAAAGCCACCUGAAGAGGAAACCGUGGAACAAAAUAGGGAAACUUUAAAUGAACUAGGUUAUACAACCAAGAACACAAAUAGGAAACGGAAAGCUAAAUUUUCGGCAUAUGGGAACUUCGCAAGAGAUAAGAAUCAAGAUAAAGUAUAUGCUCCACCAGGAUACGAACCACAGUUUAAUGAACCUGAACAAGGGCAGGAUGAUCUAAAUAAGGCUGAUAUCGAUGCUGUAGAGCCCGAGGAGGAUUUAAAUGCUACUGCGAACACUGACCCAUAUGGUUCUUCAUCUUCUGAUCCAUACGCUGCAAGAACUGAUCCAAACUCCUACUCUUCAUAUGAUCCAUACGCACAGUUUAACAAGAGCACGAGAACACAACAACCUACAAGGAAUGGUUAUCAGAACGUGAAUAGUUUCAAUAGUUCAAACAGAGCUGCAAAUCCUUAUGAAAAUGGCUAUUCAAGUUAUAAUGCAUCAUCAAGUAGAACUUCAAUGAAUAAAUUAAGCAGUGGUGGUGAUAGGCGAGACCCGUACUCAGCACCACCUGAUCCUUAUUCUGCAGAUUUGAAUGCUGCGAGAGAAGAUCCAUAUGGCAGUGGUAGAACAAGGUCACCCAUAAAAAAGGCAUCGCCACAGAAAAGAAUGGAUCCAUAUGCUGCAGUUACCGAUGAUUCGGCUUCAAUGAACUUGAACCUUGCCAAGAAUGAACUGUAUGGUAACAGUGCUACGUAUGGAAGUUCCAAUGAUGCUUCUUCCAUGAAUCUGAAUGCAACAAGGAAUGGGAAUCCCGCUGCUGCUGGAGGAGCAAAUAGCUACAAACCGGUUAGACAUAGAAGUCAACUAUCAGCAGCAUCUCAAAAACGUAACCCAUAUGAAAAUAUUCAGUCUGCUAAUUCAACACCAUUGUCAAGUUCUCCUUAUGCAUAUUCAUCCAAUUCCUCCACUCCUGCACCUGUAUCGGGAAGCAAUCCAUAUGCCACAUUGGGAGCUGAUCAAUACACUGUGGGAAAUGCUAUGAAUAAACUAUCACCUAGACAACAACAACGUUUAAAUCCAUAUGAUGCAUCUAACAGUACUCCUAAUAUACCGAGAGGAUCUGAUUUAGCAACACCUUCACCUUCUCCCGCUUUCAAUUCCGACUUGAACGUUGCAGAAUUGGAUAAUGAUGAUAAAUCAACAAUGAGGGCAGAAUUCGAAUUCGAACAAACUUACGACCCAGCACAAAAUAAUGAAACUAUCGCCGGCGAUGAUGAUGGUAUCGAUUUGAACGCAACUUUAUCUGAGACUCCAGCUGAUAAAAAUGAUUAUAAUUGGCAACAACAACAACUAUUACAAGAAGAAGAAGAACAAUAUCAAUCGUACGGUGAUGGAUAUGGUAACCAAUAUGGCGAUGGUCAGUCCAGAGGUUAUAAGACUUUUGAAGAAAUUGAAAACGAGGAGAAACAAAAACAACAGCAAGAGGAGGAAGAAGAAGUGGAUGAAAUUAAACAACAAAUUAAGUUCACUAAACAAAGUUCUGUGGCUUCCACUAAGAAUACAUUAAAAAUGGCACAAGAUGCGGAAAUGGCUGGGAUGAAUACAUUAGGUAUGCUAGGUCAUCAAAGUGAAAAGUUGAAUAAUGUUGAAAGAAAUCUAGAUCUAAUGAAAGUACAGAAUGUGGUGGCUGAUGACAAAGUUAAGGAAUUGAAAAAAUUGAAUAGAAGUUUGUUAGCUGUUCAUGUAAGUAACCCAUUCAAUUCCAAAAGAAGAGCCCGUGAUCGUGAAGAGCAAUUAAAGAAUCGUAAGAUGGAAGAGAAAUUAAUGUUUGAAGAAACGAACAGGCAGUUAUAUAGCUCUACGCAAAGGAUUGAAGGCGCACUAACAGGAGACACAUCUUUGAAUCAUGGAUCAGAAAUUCGUGAAAGAUAUCAAAGACAAAAUAUUCUUGAAAAAUCCAAGAGGUAUCAAUUUGAAAAUGAUGAGGAAGAUGAUGAAAUGGAAAUGGAAAUCGAUAGAAACUUAGAAAAGAUUCAUCAAAUUAGUGGAAGAUUAAAGAAACUGGCCAUCUCCACAGGGGAAGAAUUAGAAUCUCAACAAAAACGUAUUGGGAGAAUUGAAGAAGAUACUGAUAACUUGGAUAUUAAGAUUCAUAUGAACACUCAAAGAUUAGCAGGUAUCAGGUAA